AUUCAGGCUUCAGUCGGGUUGCUUCGGCACCACGGUUUCCCGCGCGCGGCUUCAGAGUUGAGUUGUCCUGAAAGGCUGCACGUGGCAUUGCAUUAACGAAGCAUUUCUCCUGUUGAUUGGUGAUUGCGAUAUGAAAAGGCGGGUGCAAAAGAGUGAAUCAUUCCCACUCGCCACAUCCUGAAAUCGCCAAGCCUAUUUAGCGCAGCCGACACAAGCUUAAUGAUAUAUGUGCGCUAUACCUGUAUCAUCGGAUUGAUGCAUCUCAGCGCACAGGUUUAGCCAUCUAGAGUGACACCGCACUAGGACCCGUGCGCGUGCGCUGAAGCACUGCAUACGUAGAUAAAACGUCCUGCAUGUCAACUUGGCGAUUUCAGGCAGCCGCGAUGAACGGCUAGGGAGAGCGCCUCACCUCGCUCCCUACCUCCGAGGCAUCCGUUUCGCGCUUACUUCCCAUUUUUCUUGAUUGGCCUCGCGAUCGCGCUGGGAACUGUUAUUGUCCAAUCUCAGAAUGGAUAAGGAAGCACAAGGUUACGAGCCCGGCGACCGUGUCGACGACGGCGCGCCCGCGGCGGCUGCUGCUGCUGGUGCGGCCACCCACACACGCGGCGGCUGGCCCAGCUCGGUGGCAUUGGCGGCAGCCCCCCAUGCUGCUGGCCCGAUGGCAGGAGGGCCCCCCGCCGGCACCGCCGCUGCUUUCCACCAGCAGGCGAACCCAUGGCUUGGGGGCGCAGCGACAGCCGGCGGGGCACCAAUCCAGCAACAGCAGGCGGCCCUCAACGAGCAGCGCCGGCGUGAAAUGCAGCCACAGCGGCCGCAGCAGCCUCUACCUCAGCCGGAGCCAGCGUUCGGACAGCACCAACAGACUCCCAGCAUCAGCAGUGAUGAAGUGCGCCUGGCGCAUGCCCAAAGCCAACACCAACAACAACAGCUGCAGUUGCAGUUGCAAAGCAAUGAAAUGCAGCAGCGCCUGUCCGCUGUGGCCGCAGCAGUGCGGCAGCGGCCUCAGCAACCCCUGUCAUUCCACCAGCCACAACAACACCAACAAGACCAGUACGAGCUUGAAUUACAGCACCAGCAUGAAUUACAGCACCAGCAGCACCAACAGCAAAACUACCCCCACCAGCAGCACCACCACCAUCAGCAAUGGCACCAGCAUCAACAGCAGCACCACCACCACCCACACUGGCACCAAAGCCAACACUUCUACCCGCAGCAGCAGCAGCAGCAGCAGCAGCAGCAGCAGCAGCAGCAGCAGCAGCAGCAGCAGCCGCUACAGCCGGUGGCCGAGGCGGAGGACCCACAGGUGGACGCAAACCCCUGCGCCCCCACCCGCAUGAGCUCCAGUGGAAGCGGCAGUGGCGGCUCUGGCGGCGAGGACGCGGCGGCGGGCGGUCGUCGCGGCGGAGACCGCAGUGGCGGCGGGGGGCCUGGCGGACAGCACAGAGCCGCGGCGGGCGCCGUGGGCGGCGGCGGCGGCGGGCCGCUACAACCCCAGCAGCAGCAGCCUCUGCUGCAGCCUCGGCAGUCGCAGGCUCAGCCCCAGUCACAGCAGCCGUCACAGCAGCCGUCACAGCAGCCGAUACGGCCGCACCCGUUUGGGGAUGUGGCAGCGGCGGCACCUGCUACUGCCCCUGCUGUGGAGGUGGUGUGGAAUGCGCCUUCAUCUUCGGCGGCGGUCACUGCUGCGGCGCUGAUCCGCCUAGCCGCCGCCGCCGCCGCGACGCCGCCCCCGGCAGCGGGCACGCCUCUGCCUCCGCCAUCCUGGCCUCCCAUCACCGCCGCCGCCGCCGCCACGGCACCCAACCUGUACGGCGGCUACAUCCAUGCCAGCAGCAGCGGUACGGCGCCAGCAGGCGCUGCUGGGAUGGCGGCGGGUGGCGGCAGCAGUAGUGGCGGCGGCGGUAUGCUGCUGCCGGGAAGCCGCCUGGGGGCGGGCUUCGGCAUCAACCCUGGCGUCGGCGGAGGCGGCGCCGGCGCCGGCGCCGGCGGCGGCGGUGCCGGCGGUGAGGGUGCUGGCAGCAGCAUCAGCAUCAGCCUGGCAGGUGGCACCAGCAGCAGCAGCGGGCGGCUGGGCGGCGGUGGUGGCGGUGGUGGUGGUGGUGGUGAGCGGGCAGCGGGACUACUGGCGCCUGGCGCCCUGCUGGCCGCAGCAGCUGCAGGUGGCAAGGCCGCGGGCGGGGCCGCACCGCACAUGGCCGCACAUGGGCAGUUGUUUGCACCGCUGCCGCACACGGCGGCGGCAGCAGAUAGCGCUGGCGCUGGCGCUGCUGGGGGCGGCCCUGGCCCCGGCGCUGGUGUGGGCGGGUCGGGAGAUGCGGCUGCUGCUGCGACCUACGCCGCUGCAGCAGCACCAGCGGCCGCUUGGUUCGCGGCACGCUCCAAUGCGCUCGCAGCUGUUGUCGCGAAGCCGCCGCCGCCGCCAUCACAUCCACCCUCAGCCUUCGCCGCGUCGCCGCCGCCGCCGGCCGCGCAUCCGCCGAGCCAGCAGCCCCCGCCUCAGCAUUCAUCUCCGCAGCAGCCGCCAGUGCACUCCGCCGCGCCGCCGCUGCCAUCGUCGCUGCCUGCUGUAGCAACCGCCGGGUCCACCAAGCGGCGCACCGCGCCCGCAGACGACCCCACCACCGCAGCAGCCGGCGGCUACUGGGCAACACCCACACGCGUGGCCGCUCCUCGGCUUGGCCUGGUGGGAGAGGGCGCGUCGCCAAGUGCCGUGGCGGCGGCGGCGGCGUCUGCCUCUGCACCGUUCAGCCCGUUCGCCGUCGCCGCUGCCACCGGCGUUCUGCCGGCAGGCCCCAGCAGCCUGUUGGGCCGCCCCGCCGCCGCCGGCUUUGCCGCCGCCAUGCAUGCGGCCACGGGGCCGUCGUCUGCGGCUGCGCCUGAGGCCGGGGCGGUGCAGCAGCGGGUGCGGCCUGGUGCCGCGGCAGCGGAGAGUGGCAGCGGAAGCGGAAGCGCGAGCGGAAGCGCAGCAGCAGCGCCGCCGCCGCCGCCGCAGCAGCCCCGGCAGCAACAGCAACAGCAGUUUUGGGCGCCCCCGCCGCCACCGCCGCCGCCGCAGCUGCGGUCACCGCCACCACAGCCGCCACCUCCGCCGCAACGACUGCAGUCCCAGGUGGGGGCGGCGGCUACUGCGGCUGCGGGCGCGGGUGCUCCUCGGCUGAACCCCUUUGGUGAGAUGGCGGCGGCUGCGGCGGCGCUGUCGCCCUGGCCGGCGGCGCCACUGCUGCUGCGCUCUGCGCGCUCCGAGGCGGCGACUCACGAUGGCCGCUUCCAGACUGACAUGGAUGCACUCAUCGCACAGCAGCAGCACCUGCAGCAACAGCAGCAGCAGCAGCAGCAGCAGCAGCAGCAGCAGCAGCAGCAGCAGCAGGAGCGGCAGCAGCAACACCACCAGUCGCACAGCCAGCCGCUGCCAUCAUUGGCCAUCGCGGGUGCCGCUGCGUCGCCGCGCUCCGCAGGUGGCGGCGGCGGUGGCGGCGGCGGUGGCGGCGGCGAUGGCAGUAGCAACAACAGCAACAGCCGGGGCACAGGCGGCGGCGGUGCAUUGCUGUGGGAACCCAACGCCACCGGCGGCGCGCCCGGGGAAGCAUUGGGCGCAGUGGCCGCAAUGCAUGCGCACUGGAGCGCUGAUGCCCUGGUGGCCGCCGGGGGUGGGGACGGGGGUGGGGACGGGGGCGGCACCGGCACCGGCACCAUCAGCAAUAAUGCAGCGGGUAUUGUGGUGACGGACGCAAUCCAUGGGCUCCAACAACAGCAGCAGCAGCGCCAGCAGCAGCAGCGCCAACAGCCCCUGCAGUAUCAAGUCCCUGCUGCUGGGCCGCAAACAGCGCCGCCGCCACUUGCGGCCCAGCCGCCGCCACCGCCGCCUCAGCAGCAGCAGCAGCAGCAGCAGCAGCAGCAGCAGCAGCAGCCGCAGGUGUGGCAGGCGUGGCAAUUGCAGCAGCAACCGAUGCAGAUGCAGGUGCAGCAGCCACCUCAGCCGCAGCAGCAGCAACUGCCUCACUCGGCUGCUGCUGCCGCCACCGCUCACGGCGCUCAUGCCACCGCCGCCACCGCCGCGGCUGGGGGCUGGAGCACGUCACCUUCCCCGCCCACCUCGGCCUCACAGCUGCAGUUGCAGCAGCUGCAACAUCUGCAACAGCUGCUGUCGGCACAGCCGCCGCCGCCGGCCCUGCCGCCGCUGGCCCCGCCGCCGCCGGCCCUGCCGCCGCCGCAGCCACAAGCUCCGCCUCCAUUGCACGUGCAACCGGCAUCCAGCCACCCCCCGCCAUACCCCCUGCUGCACCAAUACCGCAUGCCGCCGCCGCCCCCGCCGCCGCGCACGUCACCGUUCCCCCUGGACGGCUCGUCCUCCUCCGCCAACGCCGCCACCUCCUCCUCGGCUGGCACCACAAGUGGGAGUGCCGUGGGGUCGACCACCGCGGCGACGGCGGCCCUGUCUCUGGCGCCCGCCGCCGCCACCCCUGCUGGCGCCGCCACCCCAGCCACCGCCGCCACCCCGGCCGCCGCCACCAACCCGGCCUCUGCCUCCCUUGCAGCUGCCUUCCAGGCGCCACCUUUCCAGCAGCAGCAGCAGCAGCUACAAGUUGCAGCGCUGCCGGCGGCAGUAGCAGCGGCUGGGUGCGUCAACCUGAUGGCAGUAGCAGCAGGAGCUGGUGCCGGCGCUGCUACUGCCACUGCUACUGCCACCGCUGUUGCUACGGCGGCCCGCGCUGUGGCUGUGACCCUGUCAGUGCCUCCUCCGGGUCCGCUGCAGCUGCUCCCGCUCAACCCCUUUGCCGCGGUCGCAGCCGCGGCCUCCGAGCUCGCCGCAACAUCCACCACAGCUACAGCCACCAUGGGCGCUGCAGGCGCGGGGCCUGACACAACAGCUUCUGCUACCGCUGCUACGUCCGCUGCUGCCACUGCUGCUGCCAUAGCUACUACCGCUGCGCCACUGCCGGUACCGAUGGUGGCGGAGGCGCUGCAGCGGCUGCAGCAGGCCCUGGCGGCGGCAGCUACUGGCGGCGGCGGCGGCGGUGGCGGCGGCGGUGGCGGCGGCGGCGGCGGCGGCGGUGGCGGCGGCGGUGGCGGCGGCGGUGGCAACAGCGCAGGAGCAGGCGGCAGUGGCGGGCCUGUGGCGGCACCCAUGGCAGGCGCGGUGACGGAGGGCUCGCAGCAGUGGCGCGCCGCGCUGCUGCUGAGUAGUGGCGAACGCCCCGCUGCCGGAGAGGAGCCGCAGCAGCAGCAACAACAACGGCGCUAGACCGCAUUGCGGGCGUUUUAAAUUGCCUAGGACGCUUGGUUGCACUGGCAAGGAAACAAGGGGGGAGACAGGUUCGACAUUGUGUGUGCAGAGUAUUGUAGCAAGCAGGUUGGCACGACGGGUGUUCGUGUGUUUACUGAGGAGGGGUGUGCGUGCGUGCAAUGCCGUGCCACUCCUGAAGAGAUCCGUGGGGGUUGCAGCCUUGCAGGUGUGUGUGUAUGUGUACGUGUGUGUGUGUGUGUGUAUAUGUGGCAGGUGACGCACACGUCCCUGCCUGACGCUAUUAGGAACUAUGAAUGGUAUCUAGUGAACUGCGAACUAGAGACUUCACGAAUGCACGAUGGGCUAACAACCUUUCGCGUUAUCAGGGAUGGAGAGAUUCCAAGAGGGGGCGGCAAUCAGGAGCGACCGAGCAUGUGGUGGGCUUGCGUGGAAUGUGGGGGCGGGAGUACUGGGUGGGGUCAACCCGGCAUCACAACGUGCCAGUCUCAGUGCACCAGCGCGCGUUGGUGUGUACCAUUGGGGACUGGUAUGGUUUGUGUGUUGACGCGAGCGAUGUGUGUGUGUGUGUGUGAAUGUGUGUGUGUGUGAAUGUGUGUGUGUGUGUGUGAAUGUGUGUGUGUGUGUGUGUACUCGUCUUUGUGUGCUGCGCAUGCAAGCCAAAUUCUACUUGAGCUGCGGUUGUUUUACAGAUGUCUACUUUACUUGCUCCAAGUCACAGAGGCAAGCACAUGGCUUACGUACUCGUUUGUGAUUUACUUCACUGGGACGUCAAGUCGAGGGAACGGAUGACAUGCUUGUUUGGGCCUAUCUAAUGGAGGGAGGGUCGUGGGGCGGGAUGAGGUGCAAGGCCGAAGGACAACGUGUGUGUUUUGAGUUCCGCAUUGCUUUCAGUCAAUAUGGUGGUACGGCGAUUGAGGGGUAGCUAUCGUGGGUAGCUAUAAUAUGGGCUGUCUUGAUGCCAUGCGUAUAUCUAACUAUGAAGGGGUACUAAGAGAUUGCCGUGGUUGACAGUCGCUCAGACUUGUUACUUGUUAGCAUUUUGAGUCAGGAAGGGUUCUGGGCCUCUUGGGAACUCGCAUUUUGACUUCGCGGGGUUGAACUGUUGAAGAGAUCGGGCCGGGUGGGGCGGUGAGGCAAGGCCCACGGCGGCGGCGGCGUAGUGCGUGUGGUGCGGGGCUCUCGGGCUGGAGGCCUGCCGGACUCAAAACACGCGUGUGCGCGUAAAUCUAUACUUGUGUGUGCCGAAGUCUAGAGGGAGCACACGGGAUGGCCUACGUAGGGCGUAUGUGAGCAUGUGCGUGUGCGUGUGCGUGUGCGUGUGCGUGUGCGUGUGCGUCGUGUGCGUGUGCGUGUGCGUGUGCAUGUGCGCUGUGCGUGUGCGUGUGCGUGUGCAUGUGCGCUGUGCGUGUGCGGGCAGGCGAGAGGUGGCACCCCCCGACCACCUGAAAUGCAUGCGCCUGUUUGUUUGGGGUUGGGACGCAUGCGGACAGACAUAGGCACGCCGCCGCGCCGAUCGGCGAGCCAGCAACCUGGGCACCUAUCGCUCCGUCUAGCCUUUCCAACAAGGGCUGCCCGGUGCCUUCCUGUGUCCCGGCGGGGGCCCAGCACGUUGCCUCUGCAGACUGCAGCGAGCCACUGCUGCGCCAUUAACUGUGUCACUGUGAUCGCUGUUGCGGUUUAUGGCUGUCGUGAUAGCUAUGGUUGGUUUGCGCUGUUGUAUGGCCCGUGUGCUAGCAUAUGGCUCGCUGCUGUCGUGCUGCGUCUGGCCCGUGUGUUUGCAACAUGAUACGGUACUGUGUGCGCGAAUGCUUCCUACUGCCACGCCUCACCGGUCAAGUCAGGGGGCCGGGUGGAGGCCAAUGCCACGUGCAGUGGUCUGUUAUCGAGAUCCUUUUAAGACUCACAAUGCGAUGGCCUACCUGCCUGGUCACACACUGACCUACUUGCGGCGCAGUGGCCGCAGCAGCACCGCCUGUACGAUAACAGCCGGAGCAGCCGGAGAGGUCGAGCUGUAUAAUCAAUGUCAGGCAAGGCUAUCCAUCAACACCCAGACGGCAUACAUUCAGACAUCCAUACGGCACACGAAGCUACGACAGCACAGCAGGUGGGGGGGGGGGGCUCCGCCCCACCCACGCACACUGUUCAUGCAGUCCGACGCCCCAGCCUCUUGCACGCAUUUGAUCGCCCAGUCGGGUUCCUACAGCACCACCUACAACCACGGCACCGCCAAAGGCAUGGCGCUAGCGCUUCACGUAUGCAGACGUUGCCGGUGGCCACAGCAGGCCAAGUCGCACCGGCCUUGACCCGCCAACCUCCCCGCCCGCCACACACAUCCUCUCGUCUUGCACGCACAAUACAUCGCUCUUGCGCGUUACAAAACACACACACACACACUGUUGCGGGUUCUGAUGGGUCUUGGUUUCUCCAGGAUUGAAUAAACUACAUCC